AUGGAGUAUUGGGUACAAUGCUUUGAGAAUGAUGAGUUUACGAAAGAUGAUUAUGAAAGUCUUGAAGACAAAGUUGUGGAGAAUGAAGAGGUGUAUCGUGCAAAAGAAGUUGAAGAUUUUGGAGAUUCAAAAGUUGAAGGAGAAUUUGAAAUGGUGAAUAAGGAAGAGGUAAGAAAAGGUGUUAAAGAAGAGAUUGAAAAAGUGAAGGAGGAUGAAGUGAAAAUAGAAGAUUUAGAAGAAGGAAGUGCUAAAGAAAAGGCAAAAGUUCAAGUUGGUGAAUUAACAUCUUCAGACCAACCUUUUGCUCUUACUCAACUUGAUGAACGACUUCUCGGGUAUAGGAAGCACUGUUUGGAAUGUAAAUUUAUUGUGGACGGGGAUGAAGAACAGCUUGGAAUCCCAGGCCGUGUGUUCCGCCAAAAAUCGCAAGAGGGCACUACAGAUGUGCGAUACUACUCCAGCAAAGAGUACCCACAGCGUAAUUUUGCUAUAACUUGCGAUAUUGAGGCUUCUGUUGCUUUCCCGGUGUUUCAACCCUGGUCCAAGGACUGUGUUGGAGUACUUGAGUUCGUAACUAAUAAUACACGUAACAUCACUUUAGACUGGACGUGUAAUUACUUUUUGAGGAAUGCACUCAAGAUUGACAACAAAGGUAAUCGAGAUGCACGGGAUGAAAUCUACAAAUGGUUGAAAGUGGUGUGCAGUACUCACAAGUUACCUUCGGCUCAGAUGUGGGUUCCGUGUAGGCAUCACCGGACUGUGGCCGAUGAUGGUAGUAUGGACAAUAGCUCUGAUACGUUUGAUACAAGCAGCAUGGGAAAAGUCCUACAUUUUCAAAGGGCAGCCUCCUAUGGUCAAGAUAACAGUAAUCCUACAGCGAAAUUCUUAGGGAUAUGCACACUAAAUAACUUACAGAAGGGGCAGGGAAUUGUUGGGAGGGCAUAUCUGUCACGAAAACUAUGCUUUUGUAGAGAUAUAACACAAUUCAGCCUAUCUGAAUAUCCAUUUUUGCCUGAGGCACGCCGUUUUGGGUUAGUCGGCUGUUUCACUAUUUGCUUGCAAAAUACUUGCACUAGACACGAUGAUUUCGUACUAGAAUUUUUUCUGCAUCAUGAAAUUACAUGUGAUGAAGAUCCAAGUACCUUCUUCUGCUCGAUAUUGAAAACAAUGAAGCAGCAUUUCCCCCGCUUUAAGCUUGCUUCUGGAGAAGAACUUGAGAAGGGAUUAUCAAUUGAAGUUAUUAAACCUUGCAUGAAUCAGGAACCUGCUUCUUUUCAAUGCCCAAGUACUAGAUCUCCGUCUAGGUCUGGAGGCUUACAAAAUGGACAAGAAACGAUGCAGCCACAUUCAUCAAAUCAGCAACUAAUGCUCGAAGAUGAUGAUAUCAGCAAUGGAAGGAUUGUUGUUAAUGCACAACAAAACAACACUCCUGCUUCUUGUUUAGAUGAGGCAAAUUCAAUUACUUAUGAGGAACUCAAAAAACAUUUCGGAAAGAAACUUGAAGAUGUUGCACAAAUUUUUGGUGUGAGCAGAUCUACGUUUAAGCGUAAAUGCAGAGAGAAUAAAAUCCACCGCUGGCCACAAGGCAAGAGAAAUAAAAUUAGCUGCUCUCCCUCUCGACCAGACGUUCCAUGUUCAGAUUUGCUUGCUAAGAAACUCGUGGCUACUGUUGCUCACAUGACUAUAAAGGCGAAAUAUGGAGAUUAUGUGAUAAAAUUUCAACUACCUUUAACAUCAAGAAUAGUGGAGUUGGAAGAGAAUGUUUUCAAGAGGUUGAAGUUAGAUGUUGGAACUUAUAAUAUCACAUAUAAUGAUGGAGAUGAUCAGGUUAUUCAAAAUGUUUUGAUGAAAUCUAAGGAGUAA